ACAAUAUUGACACCACACAAAACUAGCCCUUGGCAAAAGAAAAAUAACAAAGUUCCAAAUAGAAAGGCUCCACUAAAAUGCGUACUUAAUUAAAAACAUUCUAGGCAGGUAUGUCAGUGCAUGUGACUAGUGAUUUUUUAAUGUGAAAAGUGUUUUUAGUGUUUUGCUCCAUUUAAUUUUGCUUCUUGAUAAACAAAAGACCUAUAAUGAUCCUGUUCCUUUUAUUUUAUGCCAGUUGUUGUAGUGUGAACUAGUUUAAUUGAAUUUCUAUUUAAAAUAUCUUCAAUUUUUCCCCCAACCAUGCAGUCUUGCGUAGGACUAGAGGGCAGAAAUAUGGGCUCGGUCUGGAAACGACUGCAAAGGGUUAAUAAACGAGCUGCCAAGUUCCAAUUUACUGCCUCGUAUCAUCAACUAGCAGUAGAUUUUACUUCAAAAUGGGAACCUCACAAAUUAUCAUUGGUAUGGUCGAGGAGGUCGCGCAGGGUGGCUUCAAGCCCCACAGCCUGGGAACCCACCUUGCAGAACCCCUACAAGGGUUUGGUGGUGUGGCCAGUGCCCGAAAACCACCAAGUCGCCAUCACCCUGUUCAAAGACCCCAGGACUAACGAAUUGGAGGACAAAGAUUGGACUUUUAUCAUUGAAGAUGUUCCAACUACCGGUAAAAGACGACAAUUAGCUGUCGCCCAUCUAAACAUGAGAAAAUACGCCAGUAUAGAAUCUUCACACUCUGAAAUACAAAUUGUUUUUAAACCGACGACUAAGAAAAUUACAGGAGCCAAGCUAGAUUUGACUUUAUCUUGUGUAUUUUUAAGAGAAGGCAAGGCAACCGAUGAAGAUAUGCAAUCUAUGGCUUCACUGAUGUCAGUGAACAAUAAUAGUGACGAUAUAGCGCAUCUUGAAGAUGUGGAUGACGACGAUUAUUCUCAAAAUGACAGUUUAAUUAAAAGUACCAUGGAAGUUACUAAUAAUUUGCAACAAAUGACCAAUUCAUUGAGUGCUGGUUCAGAUUUUGCUAGUACACCAAUGAGCAUGAACAGUAUUCAAUCUUUAUCACGAGAUGACAAAACUCCAACAGCUGAAACGUUUUCGCCAAUGGCUGACAAAAGCAAACUCAUAAAAACGUUGCCGCCACCAAAACCGUCAGAUUUUAAAGAACCUGAGCUUGACAUUUACUCUGAAGAAUGUUUAGAACUUUUAGAAAACUUGGGAGAAGAAGAGGAAUCUAGUUUACCAAAAAUCACAGGAGUUAUUAGCAAAGUUGACGUUGCAUGUACCAAUGAAAAGGAAAUUAUUAAGUUACCACCUUUGGAGUUGAAUAAAGACUUUAUAGAGACUCCAAAGAAUUCACAGAAACUCACAACCCCAGGUCAAGAUUUAUUAGAAUGGUGCAAAGAAAUGACAAAAGACUACCCAGGAGUAAAAGUUACAAAUUUGACAACCAGCUGGAGAAACGGUAUGGCCUUUUGUGCUCUGAUUCAUCAUUUCAAACCAGAAUUUAUUAACUUUGAUUCGUUGUCACCUCACGACAUCAAAGCAAAUUGCAAAAUAGCCUUUGACGCUGGCGAUAAACUAGGAAUACCCAGAGUAAUCGAACCCUCUGACAUGCACAUGUUGGCCGUACCCGAUAAACUAGCAGUGAUGACGUAUUUGCAUCAGUUGCGCGCCCACUUUACCGGGCACCAAUUGGAAGUGCAACAAAUUGGGCGAACUGCAGAAGAGAGCAAUUACGUAAUUGGCAAAUUCAAUACUGACAAGGAUACUGAUAUUACUAAACAAGUUUUCGGUCAGGAGAUUAUUAAUUUGAGAAAAGCUAAACAAACAAGAAAAUCAACAGAGCGAGAAAUUAUUAGGGAGGGCAAAGGAGAUGCGUCGAAACUUAAAUUGCAGUUAAAAUGUACUACAGAACCUUUGCCUUAUAAGGAGAAAUCACCAACUAAACCUAUUUUGAUGACCAGAAGAGAGCUUACUGAUCCUUUUGGUUCAGAUGAUGAAGAAGACGCACCAAUAAAUAACUCGAAUGGUAUUGUUGAAAAUGACAAAUCUCAAGGAGAUGUUUUUGCUGAUCUUCCUAAACCAAAUGUGCAAAUUCUGAUGCGUCACUCUGAGCAACAAAUGAGAGCCAAAAUGUUGCUGGAGCAGGCCAAAAGAAACAGUUCCACUCCUACGUCACCAAGCAGGACUGAAGAAGAUAGGCAGAAUGAGCUUCGAGAUAGAGCGAGGCAGUUGCUGGCCCAAGCUAGACGCGGUUCUGGUCCCACUACGGAAAUUAUUAGAGUUACUCCUGAUUCAAUUAAUUAUUCUGAAAUUGAGGAGAAAUUGGAAGAGAAUAAUAUUAUUGAACAGGGAUCAGAAAAAAAUGGAAACUUAUACUCGAAACUAGAAGAAUACUCAAACAAAUAUAGUCCUACUGAUAGUCUAGAUAGGAUAACGCCUGAUAAAUUGCCAGAGGAUUUAGGUUUAAAAGAAAUGGGCAUUGAUGUCCAUUCAUGGAUAGACAAAGAAAUGGAAGAUUUGGAACGGGAACAGUGUGCCAUAGAUGAACAGGCUGCCAUCUUGGAAAAACAGCUACGGCUAACAAUGGACUCUGGAAACAGUAAUGGAGAAGAAGAGGCACUGAUGGCCAAAUGGUUUAUGUUGGUCAAUAAAAAGAAUGCACUAUUAAGAAGACAAAUGCAACUAAAUAUUUUAGAAAAAGAAGCUGAUUAUGAGACUCGAUAUAAGAUGUUAAAUGACGAGCUAAGGCAGAUUGCGUCUAUAGAGGAUUGGAAAAAGACAGAAGAGCAAAGGGAUAGGGAGCAAGCUUUAUUAGACGAACUAGUUCAAAUUGUGAAUAAAAGAGACGAAUUGGUACAUCAUUUGGAUAGUCAAGAAAAAGCUAUUGAAGAUGAUGAAAUCAUUGAAAAAGAUCUCUCUCACAUAGAACUUCCAGCUAAGGACACUAAUUGUGUAAUUUCUUAAUCCUUUACCAGGAAAAAUUGUGCGAUUUUUUGAAAACACAAAAAUUGCCCCAAUUUUUCCUCAAAAAACAAAAACUAAUUUAUUUUUUUAAACACCACUUAAGGGUAACAAAAGGCCAUCCAUGCUAAUAUGUGCAAUAAUUAAUUUUUUACUUGCAAAAGUAGGUCUUCCUAUAAGAGCCAAAAAAAAAAAAAAAAUGCACUAAUAUUAUAUUGUAAAGUUGCUUCAAUAUUGUCAAAAAUGGAAUUUGAAAUACUCAUCUUUACUAAUUGAUAAUUAAAGGAAGAACUUUGUGUCCUGAGUUGUAUUUUGAUGUGGCAUUAGAUGUUAAUCAGUAGAAUAGGAGCGUUCGAAAACCAAAUAAUUAAUGCUCUAAGGGCCAUAUUCUCCGCUUGGCUUUUUAUGUGACAAAGCCGAGUUUUUCCACUAAGCCAGGCUUUAUGAACUACCGAGAAUAUGGCCCUUAUAAAUUCAAGCUUUAUGUUGUUCUUGUGUAAUAAUGUAUAAUAUUUUUUUUUUAUGUCUGUAUAUUUGAUGUUAAUUGUAAAUAAAUUGUAAAUCCAAUUUAAAAA